AUGGAAAAAACUAUUGUAAAGAUAAUUUUAGUUGGGGAUCUUGGAGUUGGUAAAACAAGUUUAACAUUAAGAUACACAGAGGAUAGAUUCGAUUCAGAAAAUUCAUUUAUAUUAUUAGAUCAAGACUUUAAAAUAAAAGAAUUUUUAUUUGAUCGUAAUGUUUUAAGGGUCUAUAUUUGGGAUACUUUUGGUCAAGAGAAAUUUAAAACAAUAGGUGUAUCAUUUUAUAGAGGAGUAAAUGGUACAGUUUUAGUAUUUGAUAUUACAAAUAGAGCAUCCUUUGAAAGAUGUAUAACAUUUUGGUUUAACGAAGCAAAAAGAUACACAAGAGUCAAUUCCGAAAUGGUUUUAAUAGGAACGAAAUUAGAUUUAGUUGAACAUAAAAUCGCUGAAAGAGCAGUGUCUUACGAGGAAGCCAAAUCUUUUGCAGACGAAAUGGGUAUUCAAUAUUUAGAAACAUCAUCAAAAUAUAAUUUAAAUGUGACACAGUUGUAUGCAGAUUUAAUAAAUGGAAUUGUAGAAUCACAAAAUGUAUUUGAAGGUAAUAAUCAUAAUUAUAAUAAAAAAAAUUGUAUAAUAAAUUAA